UUAUAAAUGAUAAUAAUGAUCAAAUAAUGUAUAUAAUGGCCUAAACAAAGUUGAUGAUGGCUGCGAGCAUCAUUAAAUGGCAUAAUUCCAAAGAGUCUAUUCAUUUCGCUGGGCUUCGUGAACAAAAGUUAUGACGUGGGAGACCCACAAACACCCAAAAAUCCAAGGAUUUUAAUUAAUUGACAUACCUUUUUGUUGUCUGUUUUGAUCAGUUCGAACCGACUUAUUCUGUCAACUGUCUACGCCCGUGGUUUUUUUUUCCUACUUGUAUUUUUUAUUCUUCUAUCCGGAUGAUACAGAUAGGAUCAGAUUCAUCCAGACCCUCCCUCAUCACUCUACAUGAUUUUUGUUAAUAUCUGUUAAAUUUUUGUAAAUCUUAUUAAUAACAACUAUUUCAAUAUAUUUUUCAAUAUUACAAUUUACAACAAACAUCACAAUCUCUUUCCCACCCUUCCUUGCCCUCCAAACCAAUCCAGAGCCUUCAACGUCUUUUUAUCUGCCACGUGGAACAAAAAACCUAUAAUGUAAUCGAACACUCAUAUCCGAAAAAACUCUUUACUCUUCCCACUAGGAGAUCCAUUACAUCUCCGAUUUUCUCUCUCUGUUAUUCCAGAUUUAGAUUAUUAAUAAAUGAAAAAGUACAGAAACAAUCUCCACCGUUGGAUCAUUUCCAGCAAUCAGCCACAUGGCAUUACGGGGGCCCACUUCGCAGUCACCUUCUUCUUCUCCUCCGUUACAUUCCACCUCGGCCGUGUCGAUGCGCAGCCUGGCCCUGAGUUGCAGUCGCAGAACAACUCAUACGGUUACCUGGCCAACUUCAACUCGUCAAUGGCAAUCGUUAUCGUCUUCCUCGUAUGCGCCUUCUUCCUCAUGGGAUUCUUCUCCAUUUACCUCCGCCGCUGCGCCGAUUCCCAAACCAGUGCCGACGACGUACCGCGUAAUUCCGCCAGAGCAUUACGCAAGCGUCAAGGUAUAGAUCCGGCCGUAAUUGAUACUUUUCCGAUCUUAGUCUAUUCGGCGGUCAAAGACCUCAAGAUCGGAAAGGCCGCCCUCGAGUGCGCGGUUUGCCUGAGCGAAUUCGACGACUCAGAAACGCUGCGUUUAUUGCCAAAAUGUGAUCACGUCUUUCACCCGGAAUGCAUCGAAGCCUGGUUAUCUUCUCACGUGACUUGUCCUGUUUGCCGUACUCUACUUUCAGCGGAGUCCGGCACCGUCUGUUGCUCCUCCGUCACGGCUGCAGCGACUGAGUCGAUGGACGAGUCAAAUCGGGAAGGCUCUAGAGCUGAACUCAGCGAAUCAAAUCAUGAUCAUCAUUCAGUGGUGAUCAAUGUUAACGAAAAUGAACCGCCGAGACCGAGAGCAGCGGAAAAAUUGCCAAGGUCACACUCGACGGGUCACUCGCUGAUUCAACUCGGGGAGUGUACGGAGAGGUACACGUUAAGAAUUCUGGAGGAAGUGAGAAGACAGCUGGAGAUUAAGAGUGGGAAUAAGCUGAAGCGUUGUUCGAGCUACGACGUCGUAUUAGGUGGGAUGGAGAGUUCAAGGAAUAAUGUGUACAGGAGUGGGGGAGAAGGGAGUAGAGAAAAGAGCGGUUUGGACGGACAAGGCGGGCGGUUCGAACCUUGGUUCUUCUCCAUGACCCCGCCCUUCAUUACGAGGGGUGGUCCUGUUAAGUCACCUAAGGCUGGUAGUGACAGUGAUGUGUUGUGUGUAUGGUGAAACGUCUUUACAGUCCCUCAAUGAACCGUUAGAUUGUCGUUUGGUGGGGGCUGAAAUAUUUGAUAAAGUCUCAGACGCUCAGGUUUCGCCAUCUCCAAUCUCGUCUUCACUUUUUCUGUAUAUAUUGUAAACAAUUUUCUUUUCUAUCCAUUAAGGUACCAUAUUUUUCAUUCCCUAGUAAA